CUUGGUGGUGAGCUGAGUCAGAUGAUCUGACUCACAGAAAAGACUCGGAACUUCCAUGGCACUGUGCGCAAGCGGAACUGCUUCUCGCACGACAGAGGAAGAGGGAAAUUUAAAACUGUAGGCACUAUUCAGUGUCAACAACAGCUGUUAGAGGAACGAUCCCAAAUAGUCCACUGCUUCCUGUUCACGUGCGCUACAUAGCUUCGAGCAGCCGUUAUGUCUUACCCUAUCUAGUGCACUUGUAUCAGAAGUACGGCGUCAUUUGUAAUUCAGCCAGUGGAGUCGCUAUGGAAAGAGGACGUCUCAACUUGGAGUUUACUGCAGUGUAAUGUAACUAAUAUACACCGUAAUUCAUUAAAAAAUGGACCAUUUACGAGAUUCGUCCUUGUGUCAGGACUCCCCUUCCAAACACAGCUAUAUUGGAAGCUUUUACGCACCUCCAGACAAGAUUCCCACACAGCUGGUGGGACAGAAGCACCAGUACAAAUCCAGCAAUGACCUGAUGAAAAUUAGCAGACAGACAUCUCACGCAGGGCCUGACACCGGGAGCAGAGUGAUAGCAGCACUGAAAACUCUGCAGGAGAAGAUGAGGAGGCUGGAGCUGGAGCGUAUGCAGGCAGAGAAGAAUGUGGAGAGGUUUGCUCAGGCUGCCCACCAGUUUGCCAGCUCUGGAAACCAGAGCAGUCAGCAGUUGCAGAACAGAGAGGAAGAAUCCUCAAAGAGAAAAGAGCUGGUAUCUCAGUUGCACUCAGCAGAAGCGCGGUGCUCUCUGCUGGAAAAACAGCUGGAAUACAUGAGGAAGAUGGUGGAAAGUGCACAGAGAGAGAAAACCACUCCAGUGGACAGAGAGUGUGUCCAGCAGAAGAAGAAGAACAAACCCACUGAGCCACAGAUACAGGCUCAAUUGCAGAAACUGGAGGAAGAGUGUAUUAAACUAACCAACACACAGUCUGAGGCAGAGAGGAAGAUUAAGCUCUUGGAACAGAAGUUACUCGAAGAGGAACAUGAGCGCAAACUUGUGCAGGAGAAAGCUGAGGAGUUGCAGAGAGAGCUGGAGGCUAAUCUGCUAUUUUCGGCUGCUGAGGUGAAACCGAAGAAGAAGACGACCAAAGAGAAGACCUUGAGUAAGAAAUCUGUUAAUAUGGAGGUUCCUCGACGUGUCCCUAAGGCCAAGCGAAUACCGUUCGUCGCUGGAACAUCAACAAGCCCUAGUCACUCUGUUAACGCCAACGUUCAGACUGUGCUGCAUCUGAUGAAGAUUAGGCAGCCUCGAAUAUGUGAGCAGAUGCAGUCUGUGCCUGGUUCUGAACCUAAAACACGCAGUGGCUUUCAGCGAGCCCAGCAGUCCCCCAGCGAUGGAGCUGCAGCUAUGGGCAGCCUUUCUGAACUGCUGCUAGCCCUACAGGAUGAACUGGGCCACAUGAGCUUUGAACAUCAGGAACUGGUCAGGCAGAUAGACGAGACUGAUAAACGCGAGCUGAGGGAGGAUCUGGAGAGAGAGCUGGACUGCUUGGUCAGGAGGAUGGAGGAGAAGGUGGCCCAAAUCACCAAGCUACGCAAGCACCAGCAAACUGUCCAAAAGCUGUCCCAGCAUAGCCCAAAGCAGAAGCCGAAGCCAAGACGCGUAGCUAGCGCUGACAGCCAGUAUUUAAGCAGAGUCCAGGUAGUGCCUACCUCUGUAGGUAAAGCCUCGCCCUCAAGAUCACAGGGGCAUCAAACAGCUGGGCACGGGCGUCUACAGCUUCUCCGCGACGCCCAGAAAAUGCAGUCGAGUCUCCGCCAACAAGAUAUCAGCUGGGAAACAUAAAUCCUUAACAUCCUACUUGACCUUGAGCAAGGAACAAAGGAAAGAAAGUGUAAACAUGUUAUAACUGCAAUUGCAAUGCUGUAAGGAAGUGGAGGACGUCUAUCUUGUGAAGUAAGGGCCAUAACUGUUGACUUUGGCAUAGAAUUUUACAGUGGCUGAUAGUUGUUGUUUUUGAUGUGUUCAUGCUUUCCUUGUCAGUCUUGGAAUUAAAUUUUUUUUCAUGCUUUUUAUUAUAUAUUGUCUUUGCACUAUAUAACUAUUUAAAUAUUUUAAUAAAAUAUCAUUGUGGACAUUU